CUCAUCCGCCACUUCCGCGAGCCGCCACUUCUGAAUCUCGGGGCGACCGCGACGGUGUUCAUUACGGCCUACCCUCAACCCUAGUGCUUCGGGGUAUUCUAUAAACUAUGCGACUGAUCUGCGACCACUGCGACGACCUGUCAUGACGGAAACCAAGGAUACCAGUACGGUCGAUGUCUACCACGACCGAGCCACCUUCUCCUGUGCCAAGUGCGCCGCAGUACUCGCUCUCCAGGAUGAGCUGAUCAGUAAAUCAUUCUCCGGGAGAGAGGGCAGAGGCUACUUGAUGCAUUCGGCGGUGAACGUCUCAAUGGGAAAGAAGGAAGAUAGACCACUCCUGACAGGAGUGCACACCGUCGCCGACGUCUUCUGCGUCGGCUGCAAAGAGCGCGUAGGAUGGUACUACUACAAGGCCUCCGACCACUCCCAGAAGUACAAGGAAGGCAAGUACUUGCUCGAGCGAGAGAGGCUUGUCAAGGACAAUAAAUGGAAGCUAGACUUAUGACCUGACCGAUAGGUGUCGAUAUAUGGAUGUACUGUAUUUGUAACGAUGUUCACCCUUGAGCAACGGUCUCGACCUUGAGUGGAAGGGAUUUUUGCAAUCCUUGGCAGAGGAUACACGAAAGUACAGGAUCCGAUUGGACUCGCGCAGGAGCCUAC